GACUAUGUCUCUGCUCCUGAGUAGUAACAGCACAUACAAGCCAGAUGAUGGUGCCACACUACAUUACGAGCCAGAAAUCAUUGGUUCCUUAAUUAUCUUCAUUCUCACCUUUAUCCUGGGCCUCCUGGGCAAUGGCUUAGUGAUCUGGGUGGCUGGCCUGAAAAUGAAGCGGACCGUGAACACUGUGUGGUUCCUGCACCUUGCCAUCGCUGACUUCCUGUGCUGCAUGUCUCUGCCAUUCUCCAUCAUUCACCUGAUCCUCCAAGAGUACUGGCCAUAUGGCCGCUUCCUCUGCAAGGUUAUCCCAUCAGCCAUCAUCCUCAACAUGUUUGCCAGCGUCUUCCUCCUCACUGCCAUCAGCAUUGACCGGUGCCUGAUGGUGAGGAAGCCAGUUUGGUGUCAAAACCACCGUACUGUGAGGCUUGCAACAGUGAUGUGUGGUUGCAUAUGGCUCCUGGCCUCCUUUAUGUGUAGUCCUGCCUUCCUCUACCGUGAGACCGUCAAAGAUGAAUUUGGGAAAACUGUGUGCUGUUAUCAGUUUGGAGAUUAUAGGGAUUAUGGAGAUUCUAUGGAUUAUGGCAACGAUUCAGCCAUGAGCUCUGGCUUAUCCCAAGAUGAAUAUCCUGCGGAAGACACAACUGAUUCUGAGUUAACCGAGUCUGCUGCCAGCUCGCCUAAUGGUGGCAUAUUUCGAAAGUCCAGUGUUCUCCCUUCAGAGUUAUCUGACACUCCUGGUGGUUUCUCCAGUGCUAAUAUUCCUGGCAGCCUUUACCAUGAUACUGACUUACUGGGGAACUUCUGUAGUCAGGCAACCACCCCACUGACCAUCAGUAUUACCAGGAUUGUCUUUGGCUUCCUCCUUCCCUUUAUCAUAAUGGCAGCUUGCUACAUCCUUAUAGUCGUCAAGAUGCAUGGAGCCCAAUUUACCAAACCCCGUGGUAAGACCCUGCGAGUGAUCCUGGUUGUGGUGGUUGCAUUCUUUAUCUCUUGGGCUCCGUUCCAUGCAGUUGGGGCACUGUCUCUCCUAGCUAUGCCGGGCACUGGAUUUAGGGAGGCAGUAGCACUGUGGGACCAUCUCUCUAUAGCACUAGCCUAUGCCAACAGCUGCAUCAACCCUUUGCUCUAUGUAUUUGUGGGGCAGGACUUCAGGCAGAAGGCACGCCAAUCGGUGCAGGGCAUCUUGGAGGGCGCCUUCAGCGAGGAAGUUACACGCUCCACUUCCUACUCACGGGACAGGACCAAGACUUCAGCAUACAGGGAUAUCAGCAGCAACACCCUCUAAAAUGGGGCUUCCAGACAGCACUGCCAGGGCAGGGGGAAGACAUUUGCACCUUCCAUGGCUGUGACUUUUUGCUUUAGGACAGCAGAGCCAGAACAAUGAGUUUGACAAUGAUCUGUAUGGGAUGCCCAUGGGGACUGGGGCAAUUCAGAACAGGCCAACCUCCUCUUUAAUAGCCUCCUGAAGAGACGGAGAGUUAGACAUGCCAAAAAAAGGAAUCUUCUGAUGAGACAUACGAGGGAGGCAGAGAGCCCCCAUUUGAGAGAGAGAAAUGCACUUGUGGGAAGAUGUGUGGUGGGAUUAUGUAGUUACUCCUUGACAUUACUAAAUAAGAAUGUGGUUGCAGAAUAUCUAUGUUCUACAUUUAUUAAGCAUGUAUCACAUCAUCUGUACCUGCAAAAUUACAGGCAGAAGUUACUUCGACAUUUCUCCUUGGAAUUUGUCAUUAUACCUUUCCCCACCCUUAACUUUCCCCACCUUUAACUCUGCUUCAGCUGGGACCCUGAACUUUUUUCACAGCAGUGCCCAGCAGGAGUGUACUCUGGGAAUUCUCACAACAGUGCGCUCUAGCCAGGGCCGGCGCAACCCAUUAGGCGACCUAGGCGAUUGCCUAGGGUGCUACAAUUUGGGGGGCGGCGACCGCGGCGGUAUUUUGGCGGUGGGACCUACUUGCUCAUCAGCAUCGGAAGCUGCCUUUCAGGCCAGUAUUCCUAGGGUCUUUCAGUUUCAGUUAACCAUGGCCAUCCACCCUACUAUUCCUGUCCCCAAAGGGCCAUUUCUCUUAUUUUCAUGGCAGCUCAAGGAGAGUUUCUACAUCGCAGCUAAUACAUCACUGCACAGAAUCAGUAACUGGGGCAUAAGGGGCAAUUUUCUGAAAAACAAGCCUCAUGCUGUGGACAUGGGUUCAUUAGAAAUAGGACCCUCCUUUAUGGCUUUAGAAGGUUCCCUUGAUAUUACAGCCUGAGAUACAGUGAUGAUGCAAUUGAGGU